AUGGAACGUACGACAUGGCUCGAUGGCCUCCGAGGCCUCGCGGCGGCCAUUGUCGCGGUGGAUCACUACUUCAUGGGAGGAGUCUUGGACUCUGCAUUCGUAUCCUUUUGGACUGAUCCACCAGAGGAGAACCGGCGUUUGAUCCAGUUACCUCCGAUCCGCCUCCUCUUCGCCGCCCAUGCGAUGGUCUCUCUCUUUCUGGUCAUUUCGGGGUACGCGAUCUCCAUCGGGCUUCUACAGAUCCGCAACAAAAAUAGCGGUGACUUUCUCCGCCGUCUGUCCUCGGCCGUCACCCGCCGGGUGUUCCGCAUUUACUUGCCUGUCUUCGUGAUCACGGCUAUUUCGCAACUGCUCUACUUCUGUAAUCUGUUCCAAUGGAACUUUGGCGAUUCCACCUGGGGCCGCCAGCCAUGGCGAGAGCCCUGGGCGCAUGUCACUUUUGUUUUUCGCUAUAUGGUUGACAAUAUGAACAUCAUCGCCUUCCAGGGAAAUCCAGGCCUGAACGGCCAACUAUGGACCAUGGGCCUCGAGUUUCGCGGCUCAUGCAUCGUGUACCUGACCAUCCUGGGGCUGGCCUUCUGGAAGCCUCAACUACGGCGCAUCGCCAUCGGGGUCCUGGCCGCGUACUGGUUCUAUUUCGGUCUUUGGGAUAUCUUCGGCUUCUUGGCGGGUUUGUAUAUUGCAGAGAGAAGGCUGGCCGAGCACGCGCGCACCGGAGAAGACGAGUUCAAGCUGCCAUAUCAUAUCCCCGGCCCCAAGCUUGCAUCCAUUCACCUUUCCUCCUGGUUCAACUACCUGUACUUCAGCUUUGGCGUGUACCUGGUCUGUCUGAGCGACGACGGCUUCCUACCCACCGGCUACAAGUUCUUGGAACUCGUGGGGUCCUCGCGCUGGGAUGGCCACUGGGACGUCGUCAGCAAAUGCUGGAAGACAGCUGGUUCUGUCAUGAUGGUCCACGCGAUCAGCAAAUCGCCCACCCUCCAGCGUCCACUGAACUCCAGGCCGGUUCAGUAUCUGGGGAAAGUGUCUUUCUCGCUCUACCUGGUUCAUCAGGCGGUUUACCAUCUCGUGCGGGAUCCUGUGAUCCACACGUUGUGGUAUCUCGCUACCGGUACUUCGUACAAGGAGAUCGGAGGCGGAAAUGCCAGCAAGCAGACUGCCCCCUUUGCUUUUGCGUGGCUUGUUGGUAUUGCUAUUAUAACGCCUAUUAACUUAUACGUAGCGGAUCUGUAUACCAAACAUGUUGAUGAGCGCUGUGUGCGCAUUGCUCGAAAGAUCGAAAAGAUGAUCACGCGAUAG